GCUUCUUGAGAAAUGGAGAGAAAAUAUUUGUUGGAGAAAAAUAUGAAAAUGUCGAUAAUUUACGGAUAAGAAGAUGACAGAUUUGUAGCAGACGGCAACAAUCAUAACAUGGAGUCACCACAAAGCUUCGUAGAGGAAAUUAACAUCACAGAAAUCGAGUUUUAUGAGGUUGUGGGUAAAGGAGCGUUUGGAGUAGUUAGUCGUGGAAAAUGGAGAGAUAAAGAUGUUGCCGUCAAAAAUAUAGAAACAGAAUCUGAACGGAAAGCGUUUAUAACAGAACUAAAACAACUGUCUCGAGUCAGUCAUCCUAACAUUGUUAAACUUUACGGUGCCUGUACACAACAUCCAGUAUGUCUGGUGAUGGAAUAUGCUGAAGGUGGCUCCCUCUAUAACGUUUUACAUGGAACUCAAUAUCAACCUCAAUAUACAGCAGCCCAUGCUAUGAGUUGGGCUCUACAGUGUGCACGAGGUGUGGAAUAUUUACAUGGUAUGAGUCCUAAAGCUUUAAUACACAGAGAUCUGAAACCACCCAAUUUAUUAUUAAUAAUGGGAGGAACAGUCUUAAAGAUCUGUGAUUUUGGUACAGCUUGUGAUAUACAGACUCACAUGACAAAUAAUAAAGGCAGUGCAGCUUGGAUGGCACCAGAAGUCUUUGAAGGUAGUAAUUACAGUGAGAAAUGUGAUGUAUUUAGUUGGGGUAUUAUACUAUGGGAAGUAAUAACUCGAAGAAAACCGUUUGAUGAAAUUGGGGGACCAGCUUUUAGAAUUAUGUGGGCUGUACAUCAAGGAAAACGUCCUCCAUUGAUUAAGAACUUACCCAAACCACUGGAACUGUUGAUGACCAGAUCCUGGUCAUCUAAUCCUGUAGAGAGACCUUCAAUGACAGAAAUAGUAAGAAUAAUGUCUCAUUUAUUCCAGUUUUUUGAAGGAGCUGAGAAGCCGUUGUCUUACAAAGAAAACCAUGACCAUUCUGAUGCUAGUAAGAUAUUUUAA